GGAUCCCCGUAAGGGACACAAAGGAAAAGUCCUUAAAGCAGGGGGUGGGUACGAAUUAUCAGUUACAAACGUUUAAACGUCUGGGCACGUGACCACGUUCUUCGAUUGGACGAUUUUCGGCUUUUUGUUUUUUGUUUACCGCCGUUUCCACGAAGUGUGCUUUCAUUGUCUUAAACCUCCCGAACGUCGACUUUGAAUGGAUCAUUUAGAAACAAGCCGCCGUCCGUAGAGCAGUUGUUCCAUAUAGUGUACCAAACUCAUAUCACACCGCGCCUCGAACAACUAACAACGCAAUGAACUGUUUGUCUUGGUGGAGCUUCGGCUUGCUGCUGAUUGCUUCAUGGACUAUUGAAGAAUGCUCUGGACAAUUUUUUAGUGAAGGGCCAUGGUCACCAACCUUCAUGAAAAAAGACAUAUUUCGGAAAUUUGGCUUUAAAAAACAUCAUGAAACUAAUAUUGAAAAGUAUAUGCGCAAAGCUAGGAAUAUUAGGCAUUAUUACGUAGCCGCAAUUGAAGUGGACUGGGAUUAUGCGCCUGGAGGAAAUUUACUGGGAGAGCGUGGUGAAGACUUUGCUCGUAGGUAUUUCGCUCUCAGUCGUAAGCCUCUUCGGCUUGGAAAAGUGUACAAGAAAGCAAUAUUUAGAGAAUUUACUGAUGGUACUUAUACGGUGAUGAAGGCAAGAGAGCCAUGGCAAGGCAUAUUGGGACCAACCAUAAGAGGAGAAGUAGGAGACAUGGCCAUCGUCCAUUUCUGGAACAAUGCUUCUAUGUUGCUAUCUAUGCACCCUCAUGGAGCUCGAUAUAUAAAAGUUCACGAAGGUGCUUUGUAUGAGGACAAUACAGAUGAAUCAGAGAAGGUGGAUGAUAGAGUACCUCCUGGUGGACACCAUACUUAUCACUGGUUCUUCAUCCCUGAAGAUGGUCCCUCUCCUACAGAUCCUGAUUGUCUCACAUGGAUGUACCACUCACAUAGAAAUGCUGACACCGACAUUCAUGCUGGUCUGCUGGGACCUAUCAUUGUCUGCAGACCUGGUACAUUGGAUGUAUAUGACAGACCGAAGAAUGUUGACAGAAGUUUUAUUCUAGUUUUUAUGAUUUUUGAUGAAAAUGACAGUUUGUAUAUUGAUGAAAACAUCGACAGGGUUGCUCCAGAUCUUAGUGAAGCUGAGAGGAGAAAAAUAAGAACAGACAUCAAUUUCAGACGAUCAAACAUGAUGUUCUCUGUCAACGGCAUGAGUUUUGGCAAUCUUCACGGUUUGGAUAUGUGCUUAGGAGAUAAAGUAGGUUGGCACAUUGUUGGUAUGGGAAAUGAAGUAGAUGUUCACAGCAUCAGCUUUGAAGGACAAGUCUUUACUGUCAAUGGAAUGACAACGGACAUCAUCAGCGUUUUCCCUGCAAAAUUCGUGACAAGUCUCAUGAUUGCUAGCCAAGAAGGGGUAUUUCCUUUUAGAUGUGAAGUUGGAAUUCACGGCGUCGCUGGCAUGGAAUCAACCUUCUCCAUUAGUGUAUGUCCACAUUCUAGGAAAGUUGCACCAAAAUUGACUGGAAAAGUUAGGGAAUACUUUAUCGCUGCUGAGGAAGUUGAAUGGGAUUAUGCCCCAUCCGGUAUCAAUAAAUUCAAUGGAAUGCCUUUAGAACAAGAUAAGCAAGCAUCGGUUUUCUUCGUUCGCAAUGAGACAAGAAUAGGUGGAACAUACAGAAAAGUGGUUUACAGAGAAUAUAAAGAUGCUUCUUUCACUAUGAAAAAAGUUCGUACUUACGAUGAAGCUCAUCUCGCUAUGUUGGGGCCCACCAUGAGAGGUGAAGUAGGCGAUCUCAUCAAAGUCGUCUUCCUGAAUAAGGCUACUAAGCCUUAUAAUAUGCACACGCACGGCGUUUAUUAUCGACCAGACACGACACCGGUACACCCUGGAACAACUAAAACAUAUAACUGGGCUAUAGCGGAACAAUAUGGUCCAACACCGACUGAUCCAGAAUGUCUUACUUGGCGUUAUUACUCCAGCGUAGAUGUUACUCGAGAUAUGUGGGACGGUUUGAGUGGUACUUUGCUCACCUGCAGGCCUGGUACCUUAGACAAGAAAGGAAGACAGAAAUAUGUGGAUCGGGAAUUCGCCCUACUAUUUUCAGUUAUGGAUGAAAGUCAGUCUCAUUACCUAGUUGAAAAUAUUCUGGAGUAUACUUAUCGCCCGGAUCUCGUCAAUACUACGGAUCCCAUGUUUAUUGAGUCAAAUCAAAUGCAUUCUAUCAAUGGAAGGGUAUUUGGAAAUCUAGAAGGUCUGAACGUCUGUGUCGGCGACAAAGUUAGUUGGCAUAUAGCUACAUAUGGAAAAGCUAUUGACAUCCAUACAGCAUAUUUUCAUGGAAAUACGUUCCAAAUUAGCGGCAAAUUUAGAGACACAGUAUCUCUCGCUCCUAGUACCCACUAUACUGUAGUUAUGCAUGCUGAUAAUCCAGGAACUUGGGCCUUGGACUGCAGAAUUAACAAUCAUUUUGCUGGAGGUAUGAGAGCCAUUUAUCAUGUAGAUGACUGCCAUGGUUCUAAGAAUUUCCCUCAGAGAGAUUUGUUUUAUGAACCGAAGAAAGUUCGAGAAUACUUCAUUGCAGCCAUAGAAGUCGAAUGGGACUAUGCACCAAUCAACAGGCAUAUCGUAGAUGGAUCUGACCUUCUAAAGAAUGAGGAGAGUCGAACUUUUGUGGCUAAUGGACCAAAUCGCAUUGGUCGCAUCUACAAAAAAGCUGUCUUUAGAGAAUUCACUGAUGCCUCUUUUACGCAUAUGAAACCGAGAGGCAGAGAUGAUAUGCAUUUAGAGAUCCUGGGACCUUUUAUCAGGGCAGAAGUCGGAGAUCUCAUAAGAGUUGUCUUUAAAAACAUGGCCAGCCGCCCUUACAACAUUCAUCCUCACGGUGUCCUUUUGGAGAAGUUCGAAGGAUUUGAUGAUUUAGUUGAAGAGGACGAAGAACCAGUUGCUCCAGGCGAUACUCACAUUUACGAGUGGCCAGUUCCUGAGAGAGCAGGUCCAGGCAGAAAUGGAUUUAAUUGUUCAUCUUGGGCAUAUUAUUCCGCAGUAGAUGUGGUAAAAGAUACUAACUCUGGUCUUAUAGGACCACUGAUUACAUGCAAACCUGGCACAUUGACUAGCAAAGGACGUCGAAGAGAUAUGGAUCACGAAUUUGCUGUUUUGUUCACCAUUUUCGAUGAAAAUCGCAGUUGGUAUAUAAAGGAAAAUACUUACAGGUAUACCACUAGUCCUGAAACUGUUAAUCCAUUGGAUCCUGGCUUCAUUUUAAGCAACAGGAUGCACGCUGUCAAUGGGAAAUUGUACGGAUCCUUGGAUGGAUUAGUAGCAAAGAGAAAUACACUAGCUGCAUGGUAUCUCAUUGGAAUGGGUACCGAAGUAGACAUGCACACUGCCCAUUUCCACGGUCAAACAUUCCUCAGGCGGACGGACAGCACCAGACGAGCUGAUGUCGUGUACCUUUUCCCCGGAGUCUUCGAAACUGUAGAAAUGAUUAUGGACAAUCCUGGCACAUGGUUCCUUCACUGUCACGUGGAUGAUCACAUGCGGGCCGGCAUGGCUGUCACAUACACAGUAGAACGCUGAUAUAAAUAGCCUUUUACCUAAUAUGUGUUGUACAGAAUGAACAAACAAAAGACUUGUAAUUUUAUUAGAGAUGCUAAGUUAUAAUGUAGUUAUUUUUAUAAAAAUGAGUAUGAAACAGGAAUAUUUUUGUAAUGGUUUGUGUUUCAGAAAAACAGCCAUUGGAGCAUCAUUUUGUAACGAUAUGUUUUUCGUAAGAGAUGUUAUUGGUAAACAACUAAUCCAACGUCUUUCAGUCAGCCAUAGCAGAUGAAGCCAUGUGUUGAUUUUUUAAUACUGUCUGCAUCUUUGACCUUUUCCCUUUAACACCCUGGUUAAAUUUUUUAUAAUUUCUGCAUAACUGUUUAUUUAAUAAGUAUCUUGAUAUCAAUUUCACGUUUUCUUUAAACUGUGAACAUUUAGCUGAACUUUUAAAGUCAAUGCCAAACCUCACUGAAUUGCCAAAUUUAAGAGAGAUGUUGGAUUAGUGAUCAAAAGUUGUUUACCAUUAAUUUUUUAUGUUCUUUUAUGUAAUUUUGUGGCCAUAUAAAGGUACAAUUUUUACUUAAAUGGCCCAGGGUGUCUUACAAUGUUUGCUUCCUCUAGACAGAAAAUAGAUAUCACACAUUUGACAUAUUUGUAGAUUAUUUAGAGAUAACUUUACAAAUGAUUUAUUUCUCAUCUGUUUAAAUUAUGUGAGAUUACCAAUCAUACAGGUAUAUUAAUAUGGUUAUAAUCUAUAAAUUAAUUUUAACAUUAAAAUUAAGUGAUCUUAAUAUUCAAUUAAGCAUUUACAUAAAUAUAAUUUAUGAAUAAAUAUUUAUAACUUUAUUAAAUCAGAAAAUAUAAAUUCCAAAAUGAGUUUUGUUCCUUUAUUACGAAAUCCAAAACACCUGUCCACCUGUCUGAAUAUUUUCUAAAUCUGUCUAUCAGGUGUAUUUUUGCUAUUUAUGUACUAUAACACAAUUUCAACAGUAGGUUUUCCAAAAAUUAUGUAAUAUUGUUAUUAAAAAUCAAUGAUUGUUGAUGAACUAUUACUAUCAAAAGAAGUGCAUGAAAUUAAUAAGCAUAUUCAACUAAACUAAUUCCUUGAAACAUGUUAGUUUCCAUAAUAAAAGAUAAGUGGCACACUAUAGAGCUUUUUUGUAUUUUAGAAAAUCCGAAAUACCUCAAUUUUUAUACACAAUUAAGAGACUUCUAUAAUGCACUUUUACAAAGUGUACUAUACAAAUGUUAAUCAUGCACUUGUAUAAUAUAUAUUUACAAAGAUUACCCAUUUCAUAUAUUUACAAAAUUUGAAACACAUAUCAUUUCUUAUAUUUAUUAUUUUUAUUGCUAAUUAUAUUCAUAUUUUAGAACACUCAUAGAAAACCACUGCCUGGUCACUUUUAUCACGUUUAGCAGAUUCAGCAAUUUAAUUGAAGGAGAUAGUAAAAAAAAUCUAAGCUCUUAAAAUGUUUUCAUUGUAUUGUAAACAAUUCCUACUUCUAGUUUUCUGAAAUAAAAAUGUAUAGAAUUUUAGUCAGGGAUUUAAAUUUGAUCAAAUCCCUCGUAUGUGUUAUAACUUUGUGUGACUUAAUAAUUUAACUCAUUUUCUGCUAGUUAUUGAGAGAUCUUAAUUUUUUUUAUUGUCAAAUUACUUUCAGUUUAAUAAAUUGUAUAACAGAAGAAGUAAGGAAGCUUUCAAGAAAUUUUUUAACAACUGUGUAAUUUUAAAAUUAUAUUUACAGAGAGUUCAAUUUUAAAUUUACUUUGAUAUGAAGAGAUUAAUAAUUCAGUUUCUAAAAAUCACUGUGCUCUACGCGUCCAUGUAUAUACACAUGGUUAUAUAUGCAUAUACAUAUAUAUAUAUAGUAAAUAUAAACAUAUAAACCUAAAAUGAUUUUAAUCUUUAAGACCAGUAACUGAUUUGUGUUUAAUUUCUUAGAAAUAACUUAAUUUUAAAAAGGUACUGAUAUUUUAUCAUUUAUCAAAGUGCCAAAACUAAAAUUAUUUUGUGUUAAAUUUCAUAAUCGUUUUAGGCAAUAAGAAAUUUUAAAUAUUUGAUUAUUAAAUUAGGCAUUGAACUGUGCGGUUAUUUGGAAGGAACUUUCACACCUUGCAAAAAGUUAAAAGAAGGGAGGAUAUAUGUUACCUAGUUUAUUUUUUAUUUAAGCGGAAGCCUUAUCAUGCACUGGGUGAAGGCAAUCCAUUCUAAAAAAAUUAUUUUUUUUUAUCCGAAAAUGGCUGUGGGGAAGACAAUGCAUUAGGAAUAUAAAUAAAGUAGAGACUUCUACUGUGUUGAGAUACAAAAUAUAUGUUUAUUUAUAUAUUAACGAAUUUGUUGCUGAUGUAUAAAAAAAAUUACGUGCUUCGAUUCUCAGAGUCCAGAGCUUAAUUCCAUUAAUGGGCAUUUAAGGGAAAUCUAAUACCAGCGUUUAAAAUCUUAUUCGCAAAGUUAAUUCUCAACGAAUUUUGAAUUCCUGUGUUUGACACAAAAUGCUCAAUGCAAAUAAUGGACUUCUUGAGACUUGAAGCACUUAUUUAUAUUAACUUUUUUUUGUAUUUUGUAACAUCAGAUGUUAUGUCUGACCAAAGGAAAUGUAGUUAAACAAGUUAAUAAAUACUAUUAAGUUACGAA